ACAAAACAAACACUAUGCAACAGCGUGUGGUGGCGUUGGCUGCAUACCCUACAUGCAGAUGCACUGUUACACUUAGCCUUAAAGUGACCCGGACUUAAGCAGUUCACACACACUCGUGAUUCCUUUACGAACUUUGAUUUUGCAUUUACGUCUAAACUUCGAAAUUUGUCGCAACUAUAAAUUUUAUGGGGGCCGCUACAAUAAGUACAGUCUGCAUUAUUCUCUUGCAUCGCAUGGAAUAAAUUCGCUGUUUUACCUACUGAGGUCAUUCUCCCUUUAGUUAGCACUGUACUUGUGGUCGAGGAAAGCAUCGAUAGCGAUCGACACCGUAUCUCUAAAAACGUCGUAAGUUGCUCGAAAGUCGGCGGCUCAUCACUUUCGAGUGAUAGCUUCCUCUGCUUCCUUGUUUCGAAUGCCAAUUUGCUAACUACCUCAUGAACCAACCAGUCGUCCCAAAACUCGACAGGACGCCCUAGCUCUAAUGUGUUCUUCGACAAUAACGCGCAACACUUUAUAAGGAGCCCUAAGAAGGUCCCAUGCCUCCUUGUAAUUUGCAUCACUAAUUUGGAAGCCACUGAUGAUUCUCAAUGCUUCACCCUUUAGACAACUUCGAAGAUAGUGUAGCUUUUGCCCGUCCGAUAAGGCCGGAUUAUUGUCGAUCAGCGAGGAGAACGCGUCGAAAAACCGAUCUACGCCGUGGAAUCGCCAGAGAACGUAGGACGUGUAGUAGAAUGUAAGUAGUAGAAUACACUGAGUUGUAGUAGAACGUAAGUAGUAGAAUACACUGUAAAUAUGCCAACAAUCUGGCAGCGAUAGAUACAAAAUGAUACACUAUGCCAACUACGCAGCCUGCUAUCGUCCACCGUAGGCGCAUCAGGCGAUCAAAAUGGCGGCGUAAGUGACACGCGCAAGGGCGAUGCAACAAUGGUGGCGAUUGAUGCAGAAACUGGUGCAAGCGCAAGGGCAACCAAAAGCGUGGCCAAUAAGGCGGUGGAAGCUGGAAAUCAGCACGAAGUAUUCGAUGAGCGCCAAAAUACGGCAGCAAUACCAAAGCGACGCGUAAACGUGGUAACAGUAACCGCGGCAGCGUCUGAGAACGCCGACGCAGACGCCGCAGUCCGCGAGAACCGUACUUCCGAUUUAACGGCAAUCGAAAUACAGCUUGAGAAACAGUUACGCAUUUUGCAGCUAAAAGCUGAAAUCAACAAAUUAGAAGCAGGUAAAGCCUGCCGCAGCAUCCCGAUCAACUUCUCCGAAAUAGAAAAAACCUUCCGCACAUUCAAUGGGGACGAUAAGGGCGAUAUCGGAAGGUGGAUCAGCGAGUUCGAGGACAGCGCAAAAGCUUACGGGUACGAUGAGGAGGCAAAAUUCUUAAUCGCGCGACGAUUGCUCACUGGCAGCGCCCAGAUAUUGCUACAUAUAGGCAACAUCGACGGGUGGAAUAAACUUAAACAGCAACUCAUGGAUGAAUUCAAAAGGCCGCUAAGUGUCAAAGACAUCUUCCGUCAAUUGGAAACGCGCGUUUGGGAAAAAUCAGAAUCCCUUACGCAUUACGUUCUGAGCAUGCAAGAGCUUGCUCAGUCAGCACCAAUCGAAGAAUACGAAUUUUUGGAAUUCAUUAUUGACGGGCUAAAAGACAAGUCGGCCAAAGCACUGAUUUUUAGCGGAGUGACGACGAUCGAAAAAUUUAAAAAGUUGAUACCACAAUACGAAAGGCUCCGGGCAGCAACCGAGAAGAAAGUGAGCGCACCAAACUCCAUUGGUGACAUGUCAGCAGUAAGAUGCUACAACUGUUCGCGCUAUGGGCACUACUCCAAGGACUGCGCAGAGAAAAGGCGAGCACCCGGGUCUUGUUUUAAGUGUGGAGCGAAGGAGCACCAGUAUAGGACUGCCCCGUCAAGACUGUAGCAGCAUUGGACGACGACGGCGACUUUAGUUCUGUACACUUUAAGGAAAGGCCCCUGUAGUUUCAUCCGACAGUCGUGCAUCCCAGGUACAGCAAAAUACAGUAGAAGUGUGCGUGUAUUUAGUGGGAUCGGGAGAGUUAAAGUGAAUCCGGAAGGGAGCGUAUUUGUUCUUAUUAAAUUUAAGAACAUUGUUUAACCGUUAAGAGUUUACGUACUUACCGAUAACGAAAUGCCUUUUCCACUAUUGUUAGGAAGAGACUUCUUAAAUACUUUUUCCAUACGUUUGUACGUCAACAAUGAAUUGCUCUACUCAAAUAAACAGACUACAUAUCAACUAGAAAACGAAUUUCCGCUUAUUUCUGUUGAUGAUAGCGACAGUAAACGUAAGUCCAGUAAAGCCACUCCAAUCUUAAGAAGAGCCAGUGUAAUGCCGGAACUUAAAGACGUUUUUAAUAUUGAAAUUAGUGAAAAUGAUGAGAUUUAUGUAAACCCUCAGAUAUCUUCAGCGUGGUCAAACAACUUCCGUCUUAUGAAAAAUAACACUUAUGUACGAAAACAGAUUGAAGAACCUCCGAAUAUUGAUUACGAAGCUAAGAUCUUACUUACGUCAAACAACUCGACCUUCUGUUCACUAAGGCGUUUAUCGUUUGCCGAGAAAAUUGAAGUCAAUCGAAUCAUAGACGACUUGCUUAAGAAAAAGAUUAUCCGACCUAGUGACUCGCCUUAUGCAUCGCCAAUCGUUCUUGCGAAGAAAAAAUCAGGUGAAACCAGAAUGUGCAUCGAUUAUUGAAAUUUAAAUAAAUCGAUUGUGAGAGAUAAUUACCCACUUCCAUUGAUAGAAGACUGUUUGGAAUAUCUUGGGGGUAAUAAAAUAUUUACCCUUCUAGAUCAGAAGUCAGGUUUCUUUCAAAUUAAAAUGGAGGAAAACUCAAUUAAGUAUACUUCGUUUGUAGUCCCGAACGGACAAUAUGAGUUUAUAUGAAUGCCAUUUGGACUCAAAAAUGGCCCAACCAUUUUCCAAAGAUUCAUAACAAAAAUUUUUAAAGAAUUUAUUGAGAAGGGUGAAAUAAUAGUAUAUAUGGAUGACAUCAUCAUUGGUAGUAGGACAAUAGAUACCCACUACGAUUUGGUUAAGAAAGUAUUAGAGAAACUAUCCGAACAUGGCCUUCAUAUGAAACUCAGCAAAUACAAAUUUGCAUAUAGUGAUAUUGAAUACUUAGGUUACACGGUGUCAGAGCACGGUAUACGCCCUUCCGAAUCCCACAUUAAAGCAGUAACGAAUUAUCCGACCCCAAAGAACCAACGGGAACUUCAGGCUUUCAUUGGACUUUGCUCCUAUUUUAGAAAAUUUGUUCAAUCCUUUUCAGUACUCGCCCGACCAUUAUAUGACUUACUUAAGAAAAACAAA